UCCUCCUCCGUCGUCUCUUUAGAAUUUACUUUCGGAGUACUCAGCAGCAGCAGCAGCAGCAGCAGGACGGUUUAACCAGCGAAUCGCCUUUGAUUUCUAUUGUCCCUCCCCUGAUGUCUCCCAAAACCGCCAAGAUAAGUGUUAGGGUUUAUAUAUAGAGAGAGAGAGAGAGUGAGAGGGUUUGAUUUUGGAGCCGUGCAGGCACAGAUGCGUUGCUUGCUACAAGAUGUUCAAUAGACGCCAACACCUUGUGGAGCACAUGAAGAUUUCUCACCAUUCCCUUCAUCAGCCUCGCUGUGGGGUUUGCUUCAAGCAUUGUAAAUCCUUCGAAUCUGUUCGGGAACACCUUAACGUUCCGGACCAUCUGUUCAAAGGUGACUGCAAGUCCAUUUUCUCUGAACGAGGCUGUUCGCUCUGUCUUCAAAUCUUUGACGACGCCACUGCUCUGGCUCACCAUCAAAACAAGUGUCUCCUCUCUCCACCUCUUCCUCUUCCUCUUCCUCUUGUCAAUCCUACUAGGACUCUUGGUGUAGUAAAUUCACGUCUCAAGGCAGUGGCAAUUGACUGUGAAAUGGUUGGUGGUGGUGAUGACGGGUCUAUUGAUCUCUGCGCAUCUAUUUGCCUCGUUGACGAAGACGAGCAUGUCAUCUUUUCUACUCACGUCCAGCCCCAACUCCCUGUCACCGAUUACAGACACAAGGUAACUGGACUGACCGAAGAAGAUUUGAAGAAUAAUGGUAUGCGGCUUCAGGAUGUACGAGAAAAAGUUUUAACCAUCUUGUGCGGUGGACAUAAUGAUGGGGUUGGGAGGCUUCUUCUUGUUGGUCAUGACCUUAGACAUGAUAUGAAAUGCUUGAAACUCCAGUAUCCUAGCCAUCUGUUGAGAGACACAGCAAAAUACGUGCCAUUGAUGAAAACAAAUCUUGUAAGCCAAUCACUCAAGUACCUCACAAGGUCAUAUCUCGGGUACAAGAUACAAUGCGGGAAGCACGAGCCGUACGAGGACUGUGUAUCUGUGAUGAGGCUGUACAAGAAAAUGCGGGAUCAGGAGCAUGGAAAGGCAGAAAAAGAAGAAGGGGAUGGACUGAACUCGUGGAAACAGAGCGAUCUAGAGAAGAUGAAGCCGGAAGAGCUGUACCACAACUCCACAUCAGAGUACCGCUGCUGGUGCCUUGACCGCCGUUGAAAUCUAAGUUUCUCUCAUAAAUAAAUAGCUCCUCUUUUGAUGUAACUCAUUUUCUUCUUAGGAAAAAAAAAAAGCUCUGGGUGUUUUUUGGGAAACUGAUUCUAAACGAUGAUAACAACAGCUCUCUCCUCUCCUCUAGGAACUUGUAUAAUAAAAAAAAUGAUUUAGGCUCU